AUGGGAUACUCCAGAGUGCGUAUACGGGUGGAGUGUUUUGCACUUCUCGUACGCAAUCAGAUUGAGACACAUAUUCUUCAGAAUGAAUCGGACAAAGGCUGGUUAUGUCAUCCGAAUCGUAUCAGACAUCAGGUAUGGUGUAGUGACCGGGAUGUUUAUGCAUUAGCUGAGAUUAUUUUGUUGCUAUCUGAAAGAGUGAUCAUGAACGAUAGUACAAGAAAUAAAUGUAAAUCAGAACAAAACGAUAUUUCGGCAUUAUUCGAGGAGCAGCCAUCCACUUCGGCAAGUUCAACUGUUACCGAAUCUACUAAACGACAAAAACUAAGUCGUAAAGUUCAUAUCGCAGUUGCUGGAUGUUCGCAUGGUGAAAUGGAUAAAAUUUAUGCAACAGUAGCAGAGAUCGAACGACGAGAAGGCUAUAAGUUCGAUUUGCUCAUCAGCUGCGGUGACUAUGAGGCAAUUCGAAACUAUGGUGACUUGAAGCAUAUGCAUGCGCCUGAGAAAUAUCGGCAUCUGCAAAGCUUUCAUCGCUAUUACUCCGGCGAAUUAGAGGCACCAGUAUUAACAAUUUUUGUUGGAGGAAAUCAUGAAGCAUCGGGUUAUCUGCAAGAAUUGCCUUAUGGUGGAUGGGUUGCCCCGAAAAUUUUUUAUUUAGGGCAUGCAUCUGUUGUACAAUUUGCAGGACUCCGAAUAGCUGGUCUUUCAGGCAUCUAUAAUAAAAAUGACUAUAAUACAGGUCAUUGGGAACGUCCACCAUUUAUUGAUUAUGGUGCAGUUGUUUCCGCUUAUCAUGUCCGUUCUGUCGAUGUAUUUCGUCUAAAGCAGUUGAAGCCAAGGAAUCCAAAUGAACCACCAAUCGAUAUAAUGGUGACACAUGACUGGCCAGCAGGCAUUACAGAUUAUGGCGAUGUUAAGCAAUUACUGAGGUUGAAACCUUAUUUUGAAGAGGAUUUGAAAAAGAAUGCGAUUGGGAAUCCUGCUACAAUGACAUUAUUACAUGUAUUGAAGCCACGUUACUGGUUAGCAGCACAUAUGCAUUGUUUAUUUGCAGCUUUAGUACCCCAUCCGAAUAAAAAUGACCGGGAAAAUGAUUUUGAACCAACCAGAUUCCUUUCACUGGAUAAGCCACUUCCACGAAGGCAUUUUCUGCAGGCUUUAGAAUUUGAUGUUGAUCAAAAUGUUUCGCUAAAUCUCUCGUAUGACCCGACAUGGUUAGCAAUUCUGAGAGCAACAAACGCUCUUACAUCAGUAGACAAAAAUAAUAUCUACAUGCCGUCACAACAUACAUGCAAUGAGCGUUGGGACUUCAGACCGACAGAAGAAGAACUAACAAAAGUGGACGAAAUAUAUGGUGGGGAUUUUACAGUUCCAAUGAAUUUUAAGAUGACAGCGAGGCCACACAGAGUAGAUGAAACGAACGAUAGUUCUCAAGAAUUGUAUUACAGAAAUCCUCAGUCGACAGAGUUUUGUGCAAAACUUGGGAUCAAAGAUUUAAAUGAAAUGCUCUGUUCACUUUCGAUGGAUGGUCUUGGUAUCCCGUAUUACAUUAACAAAAAUAACGAUUCGGAAGUUGUUCUGAAAAGCCGAACCCUUGAAAAAAAAGAGGAUUUCGACGAUAAAAGCGAUUUCAUUAUUGAUAGAAAUCCAUUACCUAAAUCGUUGUUACUGGAGGAUUUCAAAACACCGGCUGUAACAAAUAAUGAUGAAUUUGACAAGCAUCCAUCCAGUACUGUUAAUGGUUGUGAAAAAAGGAGUCAUUAUGGUGUUGACGAAGGAUUGCAACUUAGUGGCUCGAAAAUCUUGCGACGACAUUUAAUCAUUGAUAUUAAUGAAGAUAAGUCAACACAGGGAACCAGUCACCAUUCGUGUUAGCUUGGUUUUACUACGCAACAUUCGAUUUAUUAUCAAGCACUUUUUAAUUUUCGUGAAUUGCAGAAUUUGCUUAGAUGAUUAUUUCGUUGCAUUUACCACGUAUUUUCAUCAUCCCCGCCUCUGAGUUGAAGUUGGUUUUCAAAGAAAUUUCGUGCAUAACAUACUUUUUCUUCUAAAAUAGGAAAAAUUUUUAGUAAUGAUUGCCAUUACAGUCGGAGUUGUUUGCUCACUGAAGCAGUUUUCCCG